AGGGCGGAGGAGAGGAGGAAGGAGGCGGACUCUGGGCCCCAGCUCCAUUCAUUGCCGCGGCCGGCCGGGCGGGGGUCCCGUGUUUUUCGCGUCAUGGAGGCGCUCAUUCCCGUUAUCAACAAGCUCCAGGACGUCUUCAACACGGUGGGCGCCGACAUCAUCCAGCUGCCUCAGAUCGUCGUGGUGGGAACGCAGAGCAGUGGAAAGAGCUCAGUGCUGGAAAGCCUAGUGGGGAGGGACCUGCUCCCCAGAGGCACCGGCAUUGUCACCCGGAGACCGCUCAUUCUGCAGCUGGUCCACGUCUCACCCGAAGAUAAACGAAAAACGACAGGAGAAGAAAACGACCCUGCUACAUGGAAAAACUCAAGACACCUUUCUAAAGGGGUCGAAGCAGAAGAAUGGGGUAAAUUUCUACACACCAAAAAUAAGCUUUACACAGAUUUUGAUGAAAUUCGACAAGAAAUUGAAAAUGAAACAGAAAGGAUUUCAGGAAAUAAUAAGGGAGUUAGCCCUGAACCAAUUCAUCUUAAGAUUUUUUCACCCAACGUCGUCAAUCUGACACUUGUGGAUUUGCCAGGAAUGACCAAGGUGCCUGUAGGUGAUCAACCUAAGGAUAUUGAGCUUCAAAUCAGAGAGCUCAUUCUUCGGUUCAUCAGUAAUCCAAAUUCCAUUAUCCUUGCUGUCACUGCUGCUAACACAGAUAUGGCAACAUCAGAGGCACUGAAAAUUUCAAGAGAGGUGGAUCCAGAUGGUCGCAGAACCCUAGCUGUCAUCACUAAACUUGAUCUCAUGGAUGCGGGUACCGAUGCCAUGGAUGUGUUAAUGGGAAGGGUUAUACCAGUCAAACUUGGAAUAAUUGGAGUAGUUAACAGGAGCCAGCUAGAUAUUAACAAUAAGAAGAGUGUAACUGAUUCAAUCCGUGACGAGUAUGCUUUCCUUCAAAAGAAAUACCCAUCUCUGGCUAAUAGAAAUGGAACAAAGUAUCUUGCUAGAACUUUAAACAGGUUGCUGAUGCACCACAUCAGAGACUGCUUACCAGAGCUGAAAACGAGAAUAAAUGUUCUCGCUGCCCAGUAUCAGUCUCUCCUGAACAGCUACGGGGAGCCUGUGGAUGACAAAAGUGCUACCUUACUCCAGCUCAUCACCAAAUUCGCCACGGAAUAUUGUAAUACUAUUGAAGGGACUGCAAAAUAUAUUGAAACUUCAGAGCUAUGCGGCGGUGCUAGAAUAUGUUAUAUUUUCCAUGAGACUUUUGGGCGAACCUUAGAGUCUGUUGAUCCACUAGGUGGCCUUAACACUAUUGACAUUUUGACUGCCAUUAGAAAUGCAACUGGUCCUCGUCCUGCUUUGUUUGUGCCUGAAGUUUCGUUUGAGUUACUGGUCAAACGGCAAAUCAAACGUCUGGAAGAGCCGAGCCUCCGCUGUGUGGAACUGGUUCAUGAGGAAAUGCAAAGGAUCAUUCAGCACUGUAGCAACUACAGCACACAAGUAAUUGAGAAAUGUACCAGGUUUCAGGAGUUGUUGCGUUUCCCUAAACUGCACGAUGCCAUAGUUGAAGUAGUGACUUGUCUUCUUCGUAAACGGUUGCCUGUUACAAACGAAAUGGUCCAUAACUUAGUGGCAAUUGAACUGGCUUACAUCAACACAAAACAUCCAGACUUUGCUGAUGCUUGUGGGUUAAUGAACAAUAAUAUAGAGGAACAAAGGAGAAACAGGCUAGCAAGAGAAUUGCCUUCAGCUGUAUCACGAGACAAGUCUUCUAAAGUUCCAAGUGCUUUGGCACCUGCCUCCCAGGAGCCCUCCCCUGCUGCUUCUGCUGAGGCUGAUGGCAAGUUAAUUCAGGACAGCAGAAGAGAAACUAAAAAUGCUGUAUCUGGAGGUGGUGGGGUUGGAGAUGGUGUUCAAGAACCAGCCACAGGCAACUGGAGAGGGAUGCUGAAGACUUCAAAGGCUGAAGAGUUACUAGCUGAGGAAAAAUCGAAACCAAUCCCAAUUAUGCCGGCCAGCCCGCAGAAAGGCCACGCCGUGAACUUGCUGGAUGUGCCAGUUCCUGUUGCAAGAAAACUGUCUGCCCGUGAACAGCGAGACUGUGAGGUUAUUGAACGACUCAUCAAAUCCUAUUUUCUUAUUGUCAGAAAGAAUAUUCAAGACAGUGUGCCAAAGGCAGUGAUGCAUUUUUUGGUUAAUCAUGUGAAAGACACUCUUCAGAGUGAGUUAGUCGGACAGCUGUAUAAAUCAUCUUUGUUGGAUGAUCUUCUGACGGAGUCUGAGGACAUGGCACAGCGCAGGAAAGAAGCAGCUGAUAUGCUAAAGGCACUACAAGGAGCCAGUCAAAUUAUUGCUGAAAUCCGAGAGACUCACCUUUGGUAAAGAGAACUAUGUAAUACCAACACUUGGCUGACUUGCUAGUGACUGCCUACUUGAGUAGAACUUUAUUUAUGAACUCCUGUGUGUUGCAAUGGAAUGGACCUGCUCACGUGAAGACUGGCUAUCCACAGAAACUGUGCUCUGUAUUGCAGAACAAAUCAUACAUUUAAUCCAAAUAAUAAAUGGCUGUUUCUAAAAUUUCCUGGUAUAUAUAAAAUACAUCAAGUCUAUCUUGUGACACUUUCGUUUGAACUUAAAAGGAACUGUUAAUAGUUGUAGCUGUACAAGCAGUUUGUCUGUGGAUAUAAGAUGACCUGUGUACUCUGCUAGUAGUCCUAAAGCUGCUGCCAUAGUCCUUCAAGAAGAAUGCACCAGGACACCAUUUCGUACGACUAUAAUGCAUGCACUAUGUAUCAACGGAUCUGGCUUUGAAAGAGGUGGGUUGACAAGUUACUCACGUAAUCACCAGUCGACCUGUUCUUUGAUUUAAUUUUACUGAGCUGCUCUGCAGCCUCUGCUGUGUGAGAAGGUUGAAUGGCCAAGAGGGUCUGUAACACUGACAGUGACUGGUAUGCAUAAUGUGUAGCUACAUAGUCCUUCCACUCCUGGGUCCACGCUGCCCUAGCGCAUUAAAAGUUAAAGUAUCUUUGAUCUUACUUAAACGUGGAAGCAUGAAUUAUGUCUGCCUGCAUUAAAAACAACCAUCUCUAUUUUAUUAUCUAGUAAGACCUGGUAGCAUCCAUCCCCUUUUAAUUUUGAGACAUCCUAAUACAGUCCCCUUGGUUUCCAAAUACAAUGGAAAUAAUCCGGACACAUUUUUAAAUUGGGGCACGCACACCACACUUCAAGACUCACGUAGAGGUGGAACUUAAACCAAACACUGCUGAUUACCGGAGUGUCUCUUUCUGUAAGUGUGAGUUGGUAACAGUUACUCUUGCUUCACACCAAAAUACUUUAGAAUAGAAUAGAGGUAUGAAAAUAAUGGUGGAGCUUUAUUAUUUAAAGAAACACAUCUGGACAGACACACAUACUCCUAAAGGCUUUCAGGGGGUUGGGAGCGAGGUUUAGAUCAUACACACAUUUUACUAAAAUCCCCCAGAUGAUUCUUUGUAUGGAUUACACUAGAUUUUAAGAUAAACUAUAUGCUGCAGAUAUUAAACCUUUUAGAGUUAUUCCGUUUAUGAAGGGCUGCUGGCAGGAACAAUGCGAGUACAUCUGCUACCUUUAGUUACUGGUACCCAUUUGACAGGCUCAGCAACUGAUGUGAAACACAAAACACCAGAGUUAGCUGGGUAUGACGUGGCACUGCUUUGAAUGUGUCAGCAGUUCCACCUUCACAGAAAGCAUGCUUCCAGAUGUCAGCACACUUCACAAUCACGCCGCCAUCAUUAAACAUGUAGCCACCCGUGACUUCCUCAUUCCAGGUAGACCAGAUGACUACCGCUCCGUUACAGGUUUUCAAAUUUGUAAGGGGGAGAAAGCUUGUAAUGCACCUUUCUCCAGAAUAUCAGACAAAUUCCAAACUGAGUAUGUUACCUGCUGUGGUGCCGCACCUGCUAGUACUACACACCUCGUACAAAGGAAAACAGGCAAGGCAGGAAUGGAACGAGAAAACCUCCUUUUGUUGGCCCUCAAGCUGAGUGAAGUUCUGAAAUGUAGAGACGAUCUCUGACAUUUAUAAUGGAUACCUGUAUGUUUCACUAUGUAAAUAAAAUUGCUGGUAUGAAGUGACAUUAAAGUUUGUCAAUAAAUGAAUUCUUCCUAA